AAUCAAUCAGAAACCGGAAGUGAUCUUUCAUUGCUGUUUUGCGGGUGAUUUUUCGCGGCAAUCCGAAUCUGAGGUAAAGGCUAGUGAAGAAUAUGACAGCUGUUUUUCGGCGUUGAUCUGUAAGAUUUUCUAAUUUGACGUGUAAACAACUAAGGAAACAAUAACAAUGGCACCAGUCAGUGUGGACGAGAUCAAAUCUGAACUGGACACUUUCAACAUCGCGUUCACCAAUGAAACUUUGGACAAAAUGUUGGAGCAGUGUUUGUGUCACAGGCUGAAGGGGGAUGAGAUCGUAUUUGAAUGGUUUGCAUAUAGCUCCUCCAAAAAACAGAUGCCGCUCACUAUUGAUAACCUGGAACAGUUUGAAUAUGAAAUACUCAACAAGAAGAAAAAGCCUAAAGGCUCAUCAAAAGCAAGUCAGAUUAACAGGACCAGAGAUAUAAACUCAAUCCAGGAACUAAUCAAAGCAGAAGAAGAAGAGGAAAACUUGCUUGAUUCCUACUCAACACCUGCUAAGGGAUCUCAGAAGCGAGCGCUGACCACUCCAGAACAUCCUCAGUCCAAAAGGGGUGUGGCCCGCCUGGCUAGUCCCAGUCUAAUGCUGUCACCUGCCAGCUUCUCUCCAAGUGCAACCCCCUCUCAGAAAUACGGCAUGCGUGGGGGCCGAGGAGAGGUGGUCGCGUCAUUUGGAGUUGUGCAGGGUCCUCGAUGGACGGGUAAAGGUCAGAGCGACGUGAAGGUGGAGAUGCUGGAGGGGAGAGACGAUUCACUUACCAGCAACUACAAAUACAUGUUUCAGAGACUGAGAGAUAUAAGAGAUGUUCUGACUGGGAAAAUUGAAGAACUGGGUGAGGAAUUGCGGACUCAUUUUAACAUAGAGGAAUUCUCUCCGGUGUCAUUACCUGUUCAGGAUAGUAUCACAGUGCUGGGCCAGGUGUGUUGUGACAGUAAUGGAAAGCUUAAUGCCCAGUCGGUUCUACUGGAGGCGGGGCAGGAACAGGGGGGCAGACAGGUGCCAGUGGAUCUGUCUGAACUUAAAGAGUUUUCACUCUUCCCGGGACAGGUAGUUGCUAUGGAAGGCAUGAACACAUCUGGACAAAAGUUUGUCGCCACCAAAUUAUACGAGGGUAUUUCUAUGCCAUUUUAUUCUCCUCCUGAAGUGAAACAGGAAAUGGAUGAAGUGUCUGAGCCAAUAAUGGUGAUGAUGUCUUGUGGACCAUAUACUCCCUCUGACAGUCUGAGCUAUGAUCCUUUGAUCGAUCUCAUUACUAUCAUCAACAAAGAUCGGCCUGAUGUUUGCAUUCUGUUUGGGCCUUUUGUUGAUUCCAAGCAUGAGCAGAUCGAGAAAAACCAAGUGACAGAAACCUUUGAAGUAAUCUUCAAAAGAUGUGUGGACAGCAUCGUGGAAGGAACCAAAGGAACUGGAUGCAGACUCUUGUUUGUGCCAUCUCAGAGGGAUGUUCAUCACCACUACAUUUAUCCUCAACCACCAUUCAGCAUCCCCAACCUCAGCAAGGACGAGGCAACGCGGGUGACUUUAGCUCCUGACCCCUGCACACUCCUGAUUGGUAAUGUGACCAUUGGCUUGACCUCUACUGAUAUUCUGUUUCAUAUGGGAGCUGAAGAGAUAAGCAGUGGCACAGGCACUGAACGUUUCUCACGGAUCAUGAAACACAUAUUGACUCAGAGAAGCUACUAUCCACUCUAUCCUCCUGCGGAGGAGGUUAACAUGGAUUAUGAGAAGUUUCAACAGUUCGGACAAAUGCCCCUCACACCCGAUGUCCUUAUUGUUCCUUCUGAACUGCGUUAUUUCAUCAAGGACGUGACCGGCUGUGUAUGUGUCAAUCCUGGUCGCCUUACUAAAGGACAAGUGGGCGGGACUUACGGGCGAUUGCUCAUUCAGCCGAACCCUGUGCCGGUGGACGGCAAAAGAGUGAGCCCGUGUAUAGCUGGACAGGUGGUGAAAAUAUGAUAGUGUACCUGUCUUACUGAAUUACUGCUUUUGAAAACAUGUUUGUAUUUUUAUAUCUGUAUUAAAUAUUUUCACUUGA